AACACACGUUAUUAUAUAUCUUUCAUUUAUUUCUACAUUUACGCGACAUACAUUUAUUUAUUUAUGUAUUUAUGUGUCCGUAUGCUAAUGAGGUGGGCGGUCCUAACCUCAGUCUGAAGCAGGAUUCGCCAAUUGUUGGAGCCAGGCAGAAGCAAUAGAUUCGUGGCAAGUCACAUCUGUACAUUCUGUGUACAUUGUCGGCAACUCGCUAAUAAUGGCUUCGGCUGGAAGGGCGCUGGCAGACCUUCUGCGGGAUGCGGCUAACCAGCUUGAAAACUCACCAAGGACCGCUAACGCGCCAGUUUCGUCUCCUCCUCCUCAUCCGUUACAUAACGGGACUCCCAGACACCCAGUGGACGCCGAAGUUUCAAGACUGUUUGGCCCCUACAUGGGAGGGAGGAGGACGGCAGGGCGGCAAACCCUUUCUGGUCCUGCACACCUGCAUUCUUAUACCCAUUUAUUCUGUUGCCUUGAGGACAAGAAUGCAGCCUUAGUCCCCAACCGAUACGCCAAAGAAAGACUCGCUGCUGCUGGCUUUGGUGAAAAACGGCUCACAUUUAAAGGCAGCCAUACAGAUUCAAAUGAAUUCCUCGAAUUCUUGAUGGAUGCCUAUCCAAAACUGCGGAACGGUGGCGGUUUCGAGUUGCUAAAAAUAUCUGGCACUACGAGAAGUCGCCACUUGAUUGUGAUCCCCUGUCCCAAUGAGGGUUACUAUGUCAGAUAUUUGAAGGACCCUCAGACCCAGAUUGGCCAUUCUACGGUUUUCAUUAGACCAAUGCAAAGAACCCUGAAUUUGGACCCUGCAUGUCGAUCAGAAGGCGACAACGUGUUAAUUGGACCAAAUCAGAAAUGUGUCAUCUGUGGAGAGGAGUUCCCCUUUUCCAGAAUCAAGGAUCACAGCAAUAACUGCACGAGACCAUCACAGAGCAGCGGUGAGGUACAGAUUGAGUUGACAACUGAAAGGGCCUCCGGAAGUCAAGUUAGAUUUGAAAGCACGUUCACAGGAGCACAGGGAAAUGAGACAACAAGGGCCAGGAACACAAGACACUCGGUGCCACCUCAGGAAAUGUUGCCUUCUCCUGAGGUAGUUGACAUCGAUCCCACUGAGGAAAGUGGCUUCUCUGAUUGGAGAAUAGCACCAGAUCCCACAGAGGCAGCAAAGAUGUUUAAAGAAGACAUUUUAAGCCAGCAUGCAACUGGAAAAUCCUUGUGUCUUACUAUGGAUCUUGGAGACAGUGCAGCGGAAAGGGAAAGAGCAGUCCUUACUUUUUAUAAGAAGGCAAAUGUUGAGUGGGCUUGCCCCUUGACAUGCACACUUAAGGGAGAUCCAGCCAUUGGUGAUGGUGUGACUCGGCAUUUCUUUGCAACCAUCAUGUCAAAACUUCAGGCUGGUUUUGAGAUGAAGUUUGUGCCUGGAGGAACUCUUCUUUUUGAAGGAGAACAAGAUCAUCUGAUUCCCUCCACUUCUCAUCUCCUUUUGGAGAGUGACUUCUUUGUUGUUGCUGGCCGAAUGAUUGGACAUUCAUUCCUCCAUGAUGGGCCAUGCCUAGGUGGACUGAGCCCAGCUGUCCUGCAUGUGCUCUUUGGUGGAUCCCCAGAAGAAGCCACAAUAGAUAUUAAGGACUGUGUUGACCUUGAUAUCUGUGAGACAAUCAAGUUGCUGGAGGGAACAGCAGAGUUAUCAUCAGAAGAAAAAAAGCUCAUCAAUGAGUUGGCACUGUCCUGGGAUUUGCCUCUAGUUACAUGUGACAACAGGAGAUGGCUAUUUGAUAAACUGAUCCUCCAUGCUGUCCUUGGAAGAACCUCCAGACAAGUCAAGCAGUUACGAAGGGGUUUAAAAGAGACACUGAUCUGGCCUCUUCUGACGGAGAGGAAAGACACGAUUCCCCUUCUCUUUCCAAGAGCAUCUGAUUUGCAGUGCACACCACGGAUGGUGUUGGAGAAGAUAAACUGGCCCACACAGGAUGAGGAUGAAGACAGUGAAGUCUCUUUGGAGGAUUCCUGUAGGCUCACAGGAUUCCUGCGCACAUUUAUUGAGAUGGCAUCUCCCGUUAUCCUUGGGAAACUUGUGCAGUUCUGGAUAGGAUGGAAUGUGCUUCCUAGACAUGGCCUGGAUGUGACCGUGGUGGAGAGCAACUUCCCCAGCUCUUCCACAUGCUUUCACCAGCUGAAACUUCCAGGACAUUACAAAGAGUACUGUAUGUUUGAAAGGGACAUUCUUGCUGCUAUUUGGAGCACUGAAACUGGGUUCGGGAUGGUCUGAAGAGACGGACACACCUUAGUACUAGAUUUGUUGUCUUUUGUUUGGCCGGCCAAAAAUGUAUGUUUUCAGAGAGGAAAAAAAACUCAGUUAAUGCCUAUACUCCGGCCAGUUUGUGUAACACUGAAAAUAUAUAAAGAUAAACAUGCUUUCCUUGUUAUUGCACAUAACAAAGAAAGCAUGUUUAUCUUUAUAUAUUUUCAAAGUUUUAAAUUGAUAUUCGUUACAAAAUGUUCAUUAACUGUAACAAAUGUAUAUUUCUUGAUGCAUUACAGUAAGUGUUGAUUCACAACAAGCAUAUGUUCAGUGCAACACAUGUUUCAAAUGACUACUGAACGUAACUUCAUUACCAUCUAAUUUUUAUUGUAUUAAAAUCGAAAUAUACUGAAUCUUG